CUUGUGAGCGCUCUUUGACACCGCCCCUCCGCAGGGUGCAGCGGGGACCGACGGGAGCAGCAAACUGUCGGUUAGGUCUGCUGCUGGGUGUAAACAAAUAUCUACAACACCGACACGAUGUACGGAACACAAGUCCACCGAAACGAGCCGCCGCCGCCGCCGCUAACCUCCACCAUGUAGACCGACGCCUACGCUUCAAGUCCGGGGACGUUACGACGUUUGGUUGUUGACUGUAGCUGACGUUAGACCUGUCGGUGCUCUGCCCGACGGUGGCACAGGUAUCUUUAUGCUCCGGUUGUCACAAUGGUCGUCAAAUAACGUUCACUAGCGGUUAGCAAACCGUAUGAAUCCGCCUGUUCCUGCAACCGACCUGCACUAGUUAGCUAUAUUGUUAUUAUUAUUAUUAUUACUAUUAUUAUUACUGUUAUUUUAGAGGUACGCGAACAUGGCAUCGCCCGCUGAGCACGACCUGGCUCUGUCUGAAGCGGACAACAGCAAGGAGAAAGCUCAGGUGUUUGGGAUUUUGAGGCUGCAGGAGGAGAAAUCUGUUGUUGUGGAUAAAGCUAGCAGUAGCAGCACCGUGAGAGGAGGAGGAGGAGGAGGAGGAGGAGACGGGCGAUGGCAGGCUCCUAUCUUCGCUCUGGCCAGGAAAGCAUCCGAGACCAUCUCAGGGAGCAUUCACGUCCUGCCCAAAGUGUCGGAGCACAGGACGUCUCUGCCCGGGGACUGGGCCGUCCAAGCCCUGCGAGACCCCAUGGCCAUGGAGCGAGCCAACCUGCUGAACAUGGCCAAGCUGAGCAUUAAAGGACUGAUCGAAUCGGCUCUGAGCUUUGGACGAACACUGGACUCCGACUACCCACCUCUCCAGCAGUUCUUUGUUGUCAUGGAGCACUGCCUCAAACAUGGCCUUAGAGUGAAGAAGUCCUUUCUGGGCUUUAACAAGUCUCUGUGGGGUCCUCUGGAGUUGGUGGAGAAACUGUGUCCUGAAGCAGCUGAGAUCUCAGCCUCUGUACGAGACCUGCCUGGACUUAAGACUCCAUUAGGCAGGGCCAGAGCUUGGUUGCGUCUGGCUCUCAUGCAGAAACGGCUGGCCGACUACCUACGACUCCUCAUCACCAGAAAAGACCUUCUCAGUGAUUUCUAUGAGAAUUCAGCGCUGAUGCUGGAGGAGGAGGGAGCAGUGAUCGUGGGCCUGCUGGUGGGCCUGAACGUCAUCGAUGCUAACCUGUGUGUCAAAGGCGAGGACCUGGACUCCCAGGUUGGGGUGAUCGACUUCUCCAUGUACUUGAAGAAUGACAUUGAUGAUUACAGGAGUGAAGAGAGGAAUAGCCAGAUAGCCUCCAUCUUGGAUCAGAAGAACUAUGUAGAAGAACUGAACCGACAACUCAACUCUUCAGUUCAUGGUCUUCAGGGCAGAGUGGACUCGCUAGAGAAGUCCAACUCUAAACUCAUAGAGGAGUUAGCCAUAGCCAAGAACAACAUCAUCAAACUGCAGGAAGAAAACCAGCAGCUGAGGAGUGAAAACAGCCUUAUUCUGCUGAAGGCACAACAACAGUUAGAGCUAACCCAAGGCGAUGUGACAGUGGAGAGAGAUACGUACAAACAGUCACGUCAGGGUUUGGAUGAGAUGUACAAUGAGGCUCGAAGGCAACUGAAGGAGGAGUGUCAGCUCCGACAGGAUGUGGAGAAUGAGCUGGUAGUUCAGGUGUCGAUGAAACAGGAAAUGGAGCUGGCCAUGAAACUUCUUGAAAAAGAUAUUCAUGAAAAACAGGACACACUGAUCGGACUGAGACAUCAACUAGAUGAAGUCAAAGCCAUCAAUGUAGAAAUGUACCAGAAGAUGCAGUCGUCUGAUGACGAGAUGAAGAAAAAGAACAACAUGAUCACUCGUCUGGAGGAGAAGACCAAUCAGAUCACUGCCACGAUGAAGCAGCUGGAGCAAAGUGAUAAGGAUCUGCUAAGUCAGACCAGAACGCUUGCUAUGUCAUUUGUUAAGUGUGCUAGCACAGACACAGAGCACCAGUACAAGCUAGUCAAGGACAUCUCCUUCUGAGGACCAACAUGCACAUAUACACGCAGACGCAGACACACGAUGGCUUAUGACUGAAUGAAUAAAUGGACUUAACUUAAAGGAACAUUCCUGUUUUUUUGCACACAAUAUUCAGAUGGUUUUAUGGCCUGAGAGCAGCCACAGAAUCAGGUGAAACUGGAAUACUUGGGUUGGUGCUUUAGUCACUGAAACAUGCUGAUCAUCAGCAGAGUGCUGGCAUUCAUAGAGACCACUGCAACAUGUUUCAUGAUCUUAUAUCCUCAUCAGACAAACUUUGCUGGGUUUGAGCUAAAUGAAGAUAUAUUUCUUCUGAAUGUCCUGGUUUAGCUGGUCAGAGAACGGUCUGAAUAUUACAUCAGUUGUACUUCAAUAGAUACUUUAGAAACAUUUUAAAUUAAUCAUACGCUACUUUAUCUAUUCACUCACAUGCUCAGCUGUGCACACUCACACAAUAAUACAUACAUAUGCUACUACUACUAUUCUUCCUGUCUUCAGUAGUCAGUUUAUAUGCAGUAACACUGACAGUAAGAUAGUUGGCUCUCAGAUGUAAUAAUAGGGUAGUUGUUGUUCACAUUGAGUUAGAAUGAGUAUAGUGGGCUUUCCCACUCGUAUCACAACUACGGAGUGGUUUAUGUGGCAACACCCAGAGCCGAGUGCCCUGUAGCGUUUAGGGACUGUAUGAAAAUGAUUGGGGAAGGGAGGGGGGUAAUAUUUGAUUAUUCCCAUUACUUUCAUCAUUAAUAACUAAAAGUGCAAAAUAAUGUAAGUUGUGUACUCCAGUUUAAACCUUAAUAUGAUAAUGAGAUAAUGCCCUUCACAUAGCUACCAAUUGCACAAUAGAAAUGGAAUUACAUUUCAAACUAAGGCAAAUAUACAAAAUGAUGUGUCCUGUCUACCAAAUAUUCCAGCCGUACUUUACUUUUUACUUUACUGUAGUUCUGCUUUCUGAAUAAAGAUGCAGAAUGAAGUUAAAGGUGGGAGCUGCUAUGGCACACCAAUAAAAGACUCCCUGGAGAGAUAAUGUUCAAUAAGUAAUUUUUGUACAGUCCCUUGCUUAGUGGCAUCCAUGUUGGCUCUGCAGAGAUUGAUGAGUAACUUGUGAUUUUGCGCUUUGCUGUCUUUUUGACCUUAUUGCAGCCAACAGGGUUUAGACCUAAAGCUCGAGCAGGAACAUGAAAACUACAACCAUGUUCCUGCAGCUGUCCGCGUUUCAUCACAGUCAGUCAGUGGUGUUCACUCCAGAUGUCAGACAGGAGUUUGCUUGUGCAGCCUCUUGCUUUUAAUUUGUUGCCAGUUUGCUCUGCAUGUGCUGCACCUCUGACCUGCUUCUGACUGGCUGUGAUGACCCUCGCUGUGUCCGAAAUCAGCCCAUUGUUCGCUCACCUCUUUCUCUGUAAUACACACUCAGUAGUUCACUCUGUAGUGAAUCAUAAAUUGAGAUUUUGGACACUUAGGAACAUUUUAAAAUGUAACUAUGCAGUUUGUAGGAUUGUUAGCAGAAGGUAGUAGACAUGCACAUGGACUUUUUGAGGGCAAAUUUCAGGGGGUAGGGGGGUAAAUUUCACACUCAGAAUUUGGGAACUCUAGUGCACUCUACAGUAAAAAAUGAAUGAUUUUGGACACAGCCAGUCUCCUUCUUGCUCUUCAUCCUCCUAAAGAUUUACAUAAACUGAGUUUUAGCAGAUGUAAACAGCUCAGUGAGACCAGCUCAAUUCAUGUGCUUCGUCUCUGUAGAACAGAACUGAGCCAGGUGUAAAGAAUUGUAGUUACACAGCUGUAAACCUCUGGAGCUUCUGCCAAGGGAGCUCGAAUGUGUUGUUGUGUCUCGUCUUGGCAUAUUUAUUGACUUUUGUGAUAGAUCAGGAAGUAAUCAUUCUACCUAUUCUAACUCCGUGUUCAUAGUACUUUAACUCCUCAAUUUGUAGAAGAAUAAUCACUCAGAACAGCUGUUGAAAACUCACAACUACUGUCUUUUACCACCGUGAUCAAUAAAGUUAGAUGUUUUGAAAGUGUUGGGUGUGAUUUGAGUUUUUGGUUUUGCUGUUAACAUGUAGACACUGUAACAUUUAUUAUAUUAUUUUAAGGAGUAAUAAAGCUCUCGUCAGUUGCUGUAAGUCAAUGUGUUGUGGGAUUGUUAUCUGAAAUGGAUCUGAAACAAGAUUGAAAACUUUAUUAAAAUCUUCAUAUCCUGAAAACAAGUUUCCUCCCUGUACAAUGAUAUGAAUGAAAAAGAAUAACAUUGGCAUAUUUUUCAAAUCUAAAAGGAUGUGACUAUGUAAGCUAUCAUUGAAAAAGACACCAUGGUCUGAGUGCACUAAGAUGCUGCAUUCAGUUAGCUAUCCUCUUUUUUUCUCUCUAUUCAGUUGCUUUAAGGCAGUUUUCCCCGCAUUGUUUCAUCAUGCGUCUUUCUUUUGAAUCAUCACCCCUUUGUAUUCCUUACUGUUCUGUUUGAAUUCAAUUCUCACUGCACUCUUUUCAUUUUUACCCUUUGUUGUUCUAACAGUGGAAAUUACAACACCACCCUUCUUCAUUUAUCCUCAGCCAUCUCUCCUUCACAUUCCCACCCAGAAACCUCAGUCCCUAACCUCCCUCCUUACCAGUCGUCCUCCUUCCCGUCUUCCCCUGUUCUUUUCUCCCUCUCCCUCCACCCCCUCAGUUUUUUCUCUCCAUGGUCCUGAGUUUGUCCCUCGUUAUAA